GCUACGGCUUCGGCUUCGGCUGGCGCUGUGGCUUCGACUACGGCGACGUCGACCCCUUUCUCGGCUCCUGCUCCUCUCCCUGCUUCUACUCCUGCUCUCAUGGCGUCCACCCCUCUCCCUCUCUCUCGACCGACUCUGCCGUCGAUCCCUCCCUCGACUCCGGCUUCGGCCCCUCUUCCCCGCCUCCUUUUUCCUCUCUGGGCUUCGACUCCGACCUCUAUCCCGGCCUUUUUCCCGCCCUCGCUCCCCGUAGUCGCUCGUUUUCUCCUCCUUGGCCUCUUCUUUCACCUCCCGCCGGUCGCGCCAAGCCCCCGGGAUGGCGGGAGGUGCCCAGAAUGGACCGUCGACGGUCAUUUGAAAGGGCCGCACCCGCCACCUCGUCUCCGUGUCGCCCAUCAAAAAGCUGAAGACGCGCCACCGGUAAAAGAGAGCCUCCGGCGAGUCCCCUUCCCACAAGAAGCGGAAGCGUGGGUUUUUGGCUUUCUGUCACCUUCAGUCGUUCCUCCAGGGGCCCGCCGUCCUUGGCAACAUACCGGGCGGUCCGCGAGAUCAAAAACUCCACGUCUUUAUCCUCCGGAAAAAGCACCGGGAGGACGACAUCCCCUGGCCCCGGUUCCUUCUCCUCCUCUUCCCCUUCCUUCCUCCGACCUGGCUCCCCUUCGGGCGAUCGGGAUCGGGAGCGGCCGUACCUCCCACCACGCCUCCCUCUACCCUCAUCCUCCCCGUCAUCCAGG